CCAUUUAAAGCAAAAGCAUAACCUACAACAGAGCCUCAAAACCCAGACUAGAAGAAAAAAACACCCUAAAGAAUCAAGACCGAAAAAAAAAACCUACAACAAACCCUCAUCGUCUUCUCUUCCUCCUUCAUCUUUCUCAGUUCCUCAGUCCUUAUCCUUCUUGGAGGCUGGAGAUAGAAGGAGAGAGGAAGAAAGAGAACACGACCUUCGGAGAGAGAGAGAGAGAGAGCGAUGGCAACCGAAACAGCAGGAGCAGUAGUUGAAUCGUCCUCAGCAGCAACCGUGCCUUCGCCGGCGCCGGAGGCUGGAUCGAAACACAAGCUCGAGAGGAAGUGGACGUUCUGGUUCGACAACCAAUCGAAGCCGAAGCAAGGCGCUGCUUGGGGUACCUCUCUCCGCGAGGUUUACACUUUCGAUACUGUCGAAGAGUUCUGGUGUUUGUAUGAUCAGGUAUUCAAGCCCAGCAAAUUGCCUGGAAAUGCAGACUUCCACUUGUUCAAGACUGGGAUUGAGCCGAAAUGGGAAGAUCCUGAGUGUGCUAAGGGAGGCAAGUGGACUGUCACAAGCAACAGGAAGGCUAAUCUUGAUAACAUGUGGCUUGAAACUAUGAUGGCUUUGAUUGGGGAGCAAUUUGACGAUGCUGAGGACAUAUGCGGUGUGGUUGCAAGUGUGCGCCAGAGGCAGGACAAACUUUCGCUAUGGACAAAGACCGCAGCAAACGAGGCAGCUCAGAUGGGCAUUGGAAGGAAGUGGAAGGAGAUCAUUGAUGUUACUGACAAGAUAAUAUAUAACUUCCAUGAUGAUUCUAGAACCCGAUCAUCAAAGAGUCGGUACAGUGUAUAAGAGCAGUUUUGGGGCCUUUUCAUGCGCAUGUGCAUGUGCUGCUAGGCUGUUAUGAUAUUUGAUCUUUUAACCAUGUGCACUGUAUACCAAAAUCCACACCACAUUUUUGGGUUGAUGCAUUACCGUACGACAUGUUCCCCACUCUUUUGGGUGUAAUACUAUAUUAUAAUUUUACUUUUUGAUUGCUAUGUUAAAAUUCCUACUAGAAUUCAUUUGUAGUUUUCUAUUUUUUUUUUUAAUUUUAUUGGGACACACUUUAGAAGCUUGAAAUUUUGAGUAUGCCAAAUUGCAGUUUCCAA